AUGGCAGCAAAACAAGCGACCGCGAAAAUAGCCAAAGCCGUGGCGGUGGAAUCGUUAUCCACGCCGUCUUCGCGCGCGGCGUUCUCGGCUGCCUCUGGUUCUUUCGCCGGGAUGGUCUCCGCGAUAACCGGUUUAGGCGGGGCGGUGGUGUUCGUCCCGGCUUUGUCCAGACUCGGGUUCAAGGCGAAAGAUAUCGUCGGGACGACGGUGGCGGCGGUGACCGGGGCGACCGCGGCGGGGAGUUUAGCGUACGCGCAGAAAGGCGUCACAGACUUACCGUGCGCGGCGACGAUUGGUUUCGCCGGCGCGGCGUGCACGCCGAUUGGACAAAAGUUUGCGCAGCACAUAUCGGGACCGAUGAUGCGACGGAUGCUCGGAGGCGCUUUAGUCUUAUGCGCCCCAUCGGUAUUAAUUAAGAAAAAAAUAGAUGAAGAGUACGAACCGACGAAAGAGGAGAUUGCGGAGCAGGAGAGAAUUAAAAAAGCGUUAGCGGAUCACGGCAUUAUGAGCUCGGCGCCGGAUAAAGAUGGACAUUUCCAACAACCUGAAGGAAGUUUGUAUACGAUCGUAUCGCAACAGUUUUUAGAGAGGUAUUAUAAGCACGGGAGUUGGAUGGAUGCGUUGUAUAACGAGAGGGAGUAUGUGUAUUUAGGUAUAGCGGUUGGGUUGAUUCAAGGUACGGUAGGCAUUGGCGGCGGAGUUUUAGUGACUUCGUAUUUAUCCGCCGAGACGGACUUGGAAGUGCAUAGGAUCGCGGCGACUGCGCUGUUGUGUACUUUACUCACAAACAUCGCGGUUGGAGCGCAACAUUACGCCAUGGGGAACAUAAAGUUACGGACGGCGUCGAUAUUGGCGUUAUCGGCGAUGGGGUGUUCAUAUUGGACGGCUAGAAACGUCGCGUUGGAUAUUCCCGAGGUGGGCGUGAGAGGUUUCAUCGCUUCGGCUUUGCUAGCCAGCGGCAUGAGUAUGUUGAGAUGA